CGUUUUACUUGGCGAAACCCACAAUUUGAACCCGGCACGGAGAAAUGGGCACAAAUAAAAUGACUAAUAAACUAAAAUUAUUCGCAUAAACAGUACGACAUUUCUUUACUUUCGCCAUCUUCGCGCGAACCUAACAGUUCUUUAGUCGGCCAAACGUCUGCGCGCGCAUCGGACGCUGACGUUCAAGUUCGCGCCAAUUUUGUUCUUUUUUUAAAAAAGCGCCUUCGAAAAAAAAAAAAGUGUAGUGAUGUGACAGUUAGUUACCGAUUCAGUGACUUUCUCGUUUUGUUACUGUUCCAGUUGUCGGAUUAAAAAGUUUGCAAGAUGUUCCACUACGAAUACGAGAAGCGUCCGCCUUCUGCGUCCUCAUGCGCAAGCCGCGCCACGACCACCACCGAAUACAGCCGAUCUUGCCCCAGCGAGUACCGGCGAGCGAUACCAAGCGUAGAGCGAGCGAGACGGCCCCUGCCGCCGACACCGAGCGCGUGUAGACUGCCUACGAAGACCUCGGUGCCGUUAAAGGUGUGGGUGAUAGCCAGCGCAUCCUGCUUCGCAGUGUGUGCUGUGUUGGUGCUAGCCACCGUGGUGGUCACCCGGUGGGGCUACGGGCAUCAGGUCUACGAGACUCCGGAACCAUUAUAUUCUCAGCCAAUUCUGCAGCCAAGAAAUUCAGAAGAACUAGAAAAUGAUAUCCAAUUCCCCAUCCUAGAGAAGCUAUCCAUAUUCAAAAACAUAGUUGCGAAUAGGGAUAAGAAAAAAAACCAUAGUCUCCUAGCGAAACCUCAAAUGCAUCCAGUGCAUGAUAUUAUACACCAUGCCGAACGAAAAAUUGAAAAGAAGGAUCACGCAAAAUUGCCAGACGCAACAGAAGUUGCAGUCACAGAAAAGAAGGAUAUACCUGACUUUAAACCUACUCUGCCUGAUGUUUUCAUUAACAAACAAGAUAUCAAACUUCCAGAUGGUUAUGUAGCAGUUUUAAAAAAAGACGAAAAUGAUUUCUACGAAGAAUAUUACAAUGAUGAGAACCUAUACGACGAUUAUAUGCAAAGCAAUACAAUGACCAGUUAUUUAAUAGAAAAAGUUCAGGAGCUACACGAUUGGAUAGUGUCAGAUCCUGACUUUGAAGUUGCUGGUAAUCAUUCGAAGAAAAUUAAAUCUGGUAAUGAUUUUGGACAACUUUUAAAAGCUCUGAACGAGAGUUUAAUAGAAGGCAAUGUAAGCAUAGUGAUGAAUAAAUUAAAGGACAUAUAUUUUGGUGAUAAUUACACUAGUACGAAUCAUAGUAGGAAGAUUAUUUCGAGCAACAGUACGGACUUGCUGUCGUUUGGGAUUCUCACGCUGGAUGUGAUGCUGCUGCAUAAUAUUCAAUUGAUGGCGUGGGAGAAUCAGGAAGGAGUCCGAAACAAGAUGCUGAAGGACCCUGAUGUGUUUGCGUUCAACGCGCUGUUCCUGGACCCCAGCAAGGUGGAGUCCAAGCAGAGUGAGAUCUACAACACUGCCGCAUUUUCGAAACGCCAGAAUCUUCGUCAAGAGAGUGUAGACGAGUUCGACAUCGGCAAGAACUUACUGGAAAAUGUUCUGGAGGUCGGCAUGAGCACGGCCCGCGCCGCCAUACAUCUCGGACGAGCUUACAAGAACACCAAAAUGGUCCUCAGCCAGAUAACGAACCGUGAAGCCCUGAACACCAACAUUCAGCAACAACUCUCCAGAGACAUUGAUGGCAACACGCACGCGCUAAAUCAUCUGAGCAGUCAACAGGCAACGCAAACGACCGCUCAGGGCACCUAUACAGAGCUGGACUGCGUGUGGCUGUUGUACUGCAGAAACUUGGCGGCUACAGCUAAGCUGAACGCGCCACUAGCCACCAUGGCCAGGAUAAACGGGAUCGCACUCCGGAUGCUAACGGGCGAGCUGCCGGCGGACAAGGCGUUGGACACGAUGGUGUACGAAGCGCUCACUGGCUGGACGGAGCUACGUUGUAACGAUAUGUUUCCAAGGUGCGGCAACGUAAAUCCGGCGACCGUUGUAUUGGACAGCAUCCUGCAGCCAAUGAGAAAAUCGCAAGCCAACAGAGUGUAGUCAUAUAUUAUCCUCCUAAGGCACCGAAAAAUUGAACCUUUAGUG